CUCACGACCAACCUCAGCCCGGAUCCAUUACGAACGAGUCUCAGCUCAGCUGUCGAGGCUCUUCCUACUUUUCCUCUCCUUGCCAUUAUUAUCUACCACAAAUACGGCACACAUUUACGGGGCUCGUUGGUUGGUCUUAAUGUGGAUGAAAGACGCAGGGUGAAUAAACAAACUGCCAUCCCGACUCUCGUUAAGCUUCUCCUCCUGUUCUCCUGUUUCACAAAUAUACAACCAAGACCCCCAGAUUCCAGGGAAACACACCUCUUGAUUCCUGGACUACACCACCAUCACCACAAUCAUGGCGGCCAACGACUACUACAAUCCGUCGUCGCGACAGCAGACUCCGCAGCCGGCAUACAAUUACCAAUCCUACAACUCUCCAGCUCCUCAAGACUACCGUCCCCCAAUAUCUUCUGCGCCGUCUUACCACUCGCAAGCCCCUUCACGACCAGGCACCGUGCCUCCACGACAGCCGGACAUCACUUCACCCAUCUCUCCCUUCGAAGCUCCCUUCGAUGACCAUGUAUACCCAAUGAGUUCGCAGGCUCCACAUAGAUUCGACAGCGAGACCUCGUUAGGUCAGGAUACAAGAUAUUAUGGGCAAGGAGGUGGCGGAGGGUUGGAACCUUCGAAUUCAUAUCAAGACGACAUACCACUACGAGAUCAUCCAGGCUUGAAGGCACAGGAUAGCACAGAUCAUGUUUACGAUGCUCCAAUAGCACCAGCUCGUCUGGAGGAAGGAAGGGGGAAUAAAAGGAUGAGUGGCAUGGGCAUGUUCAAGACAAAGGGGAGAAUACCGUGGGUUACGUAUAUCUUGACGACGAUUCAGGUUGCUGUUUUUAUUGCUGAGAUUGUCAAGAAUGCCCAACUUACAGGUUCCCCUAUCGAGAUCCACCCCUCGUUCAAUCCUAUGAUCGGUCCCUCUCCAUACGUGCUCAUCAACAUGGGUGCUCGAUAUGUUCCUUGCAUGCAUUCGGUGGAUGGUAUUCAGAACAGAGCUUCAGGAGGAGCUAUCUCCUGGCCUUGUCCCAAUACUACCUCUAGCGAUGUCGUUGAUUGUCAAUUAAACAACCUCUGCGGUUUCAACAUGCCUGCAUCCGAAAAUCCUAUCUACCCAGGAAAUGCUACAGAACCUCUGCAAGACUUCUCUAAUCAGCCUGAUCAAUGGUUCCGCUUCAUCAUCCCGAUCUUCCUACACGCUGGAAUCAUACAUAUUGGGUUCAACAUGCUGCUGCAGAUGACUUUGGGUAAGGAGAUGGAGAUUGCGAUUGGGCCUAUUCGAUACUUUCUGGUCUACAUAUGUUCGGGUAUCUUCGGAUUCGUGCUUGGCGGGAACUUUGCAGCCACAGGAAUUGCCUCCACUGGUGCAUCUGGAGCCUUGUUCGGCAUUAUUGCUCUCAACCUUCUGGACUUGCUUUACACUUGGGGUGAACGUCGUUCUCCAUGGAAGGAUUUCGCCUUCAUUAUGCUCGACGUGGUUAUCUCGUUCGUCCUAGGACUUCUACCCGGAUUGGACAACUUUUCCCAUAUUGGAGGCUUCUUCAUGGGUCUUGUCCUUGGUAUCUGCAUCUUGCAUUCCCCGAACGCCCUCCGGAAACGAAUCGAGGAGGACGCACCGCCAUACACACCCGUUGCACAAAUCAAAGCCAGCGAUGGUGAUCGACCUAAUUCAGGCGUGACAGGAUUCGUCAAGAAUCCAGUUGGUUUCUUCAAAGGCAGAAAGCCGGCUUGGUGGGCAUGGUGGCUUGUGAGAGUGGGUAGUUUGGUGUUUGUGCUUAUUGUGUUUAUUUUGUUGUUGAAGAAUUUCUACGCGUACCGGAAGACAUGCUCAUGGUGCAAGUACCUGAGUUGCAUUAAUGUCAACAACUGGUGUAAUAUCGGGAACUUGCAACUCACGCAAGUCAACACAACAAACAAGCGAAGCGUGUUUGAUAGUUGGGAGGCAAUGGCGAAGCUUUAUGAAGCAUAAUAGAGUUGGAGUUGAUAGAAAUUGGCCUGGAGGUACAUUAUGCAUAGCGUUGGCGUUGAGUGAGGUUGACCUAUACCAAACAUACCAAAAUGAUCGGAAGAUAACUCGAGAUGUGAUGACAUUGAUGAUACGAAUGUAAGAUUAGGCUUUAAUUGAACUUUUCAUCUUCAA